CCUCCCUUUGCUGGGAUGCACAGAAAAGGAGGGGGUUCCCAGCAGUGGCAAGGCUGCCGCCUGAGCUGUGUUCUCAGACACACACAGCCUUGAUCCUGAGCUGGUCCCAGCUCUGACGUGAGCCCCUCGAGCAGGUUGACAGCAAGCUGGCAAGCUCCGUAGCAGGUGCGAGCAACAUGGCAGAAAAGCUGUCCGAAGAGCAGGUGGCAGAGUUCAAGCAGGCCUUCGACAGAUUCGACAAGGACAAGGACGGCACCAUCAAUGUGCAGGAUCUGGGCACCGUGAUGCAGGAGCUGGGACUGAAGCUGUCAGAGGCUGAGCUGAAGGGGAUCAUCACCCAGCUGGACACAGACAACAACGGCGUCAUCAGCUUCCAGGAGUUCCUGGGAGCCAUGGCUUCAGAGCUUCAGACCUCGGCCACAGAGGAGGGCCUGAAGGAAAUCUUCCGUGCCUUAGACCAAGACAACGAUGGCUACAUCAGCGUGGACGAGCUCAGGCAGGCCACGUCCCAGCUGGAGGAGAAGAUGUCUCAGGAUGAGCUGGAUGCCAUGAUUCGGGAGGCAGACGUGGACCAAGACGGCCGGGUGAACUACAAGGAGUUCGUGCGCAUCCUCACCCAGAACUGAGGCUCCCCACCCCCUGCCUGCUCUGCUGCCCCCUGCCUCCGCCCGACUCUGGUCCCACUGCUGGGUCAAACCCUGCUUCCAUGUGGGGACAGUCGGUGGUAGGCGGGAGGGGCUUCCCCGCGGCCUGGGGUCUGAUCUGUCCAGCCAGACAGAGAGUGCUUGAGAGACGGGGGUGCGCCCUACCUUGCAGAGCUGUUGUGAGGAGACCCAAAGUGAUGCGCCGGUUGGAAUAAAGGGAUGUGAGCUCCAA